UCGUCAAAGUAAAGACCCUGGCCUACACACUCUCGCAAUAAUCUUCAAUUUCUCGCGUUGCGGAUCUUUCAAUUUAUCUACUUCUUUUUUCUAUUUAAAAUUUCUCAAGAAAAAAGGUGCGAUGGAUUACGAACCAGAUGCUGAGUUCGAUCGUGUGCCUCCGUCGUUUGAUCAAAAAUGUGGUCCGGGGUGCUGAAGCCCAAGGAUUCAACCCUGGAUUGAUUGUCUUGCUUCUUGUUGGGGGACUGAUCUUGCUAUUCCUUGUGGGAAAUUACGUGUUGUACGUUUAUGCCCAAAAGACUCUUCCUCCAAAGAAAAAGAAGCCCGUCUCAAAGAAGAAGAUGAAGAGGGAAAGACUGAAGCAAGGGGUCUCAGCGCCAGGAGAAUAGAUUAGUGAUGGGUUGUUCCCCUUACAGAUUGAGCUGCUGUUUUUCAAAUACUUCGUGUUCUCUGAACUUUAUCAGGAAUCUUUGCAGCACUUGAUGUUUAGAGCCUGCCCUGUUGUUUUGCUAGCUGACUGAAAAAACCUGCGGUUUGUUUCUUACAGGGUAACUAGGUCUUUGUUUGAGAAUCAGACAAUUAUAUAUCUUUUUUAAUUUGAAGUCAUUCUAACA